GCUCGAUAAUAUCCACGUUCCGUACAGCCGGCCACCAACGGAGCGAGUCGCCCCCCCCCCCUGAUUCGGCUUUGGCUCAUCAAACUCACUCACCACGCCUGAGCAACACCCCAUGGCUGUCUCUCUGGUCGUCGACGACACGAGCUUGGUGCUGCUGCUUGCAAUCAUUGUCCUGCUCUCGGCUUCCAUUUGGAUCAGCCGCGCCUACCAGCCUCUCAUUCACCCUCUGAUCCUCUCGAGGCAAGCCGAUGUCUCGCAGGUCCGGCACAAGGGCCAAUCUGCCAUCUACCGCAAUGCCAACGCUCCUGUCGGCUUUGAGCUUGCCGCCCGGCCGAGGCGGGGAAUCAACGACGUAAGAGACAUUGUCCAGCAGGGAAUCGCCAGCCAGCACUGGUCCUUUGACGCACCGCGGCGCCUGUACGGUCAGACGAGGAGCAACGCCGACUUUGUUCGCGAGUCGACAUCAUUUGGACAGGGACUGGCCGCCCUUGCCGGCCUCGCUUCCACCUCGAACCUGUGCCUGGCUGUAUGCGUCGAGAGGGACUCGCUGCAGAGCCUCGAGGCUGUCCUGUCGGGCUGCCUCCAGGAUGUCCAGGGCCAGAGAUACAUUCCCAUCGUCGUUGCUCCUGCCUAUGCGUCGCACGACGAGGCGCCCAGCAACCUGCCGGCCUCGUCUUCUGCCACGGCCCUCUCGGCCAUCUUCACCACCCGAUCUGCCUUGGAAAGGGCUCUCGAUCUGGCCCUCGUCGACCCUUCGACAAUCGUCGUUGUGCCCGGCGCAGACGAUGUAGUAGAAGCGCGCAAGUUGACCAACAAUAGCGUCGUCGCCUUCGCAGAUGUUCUUGCCGCCGCCGCCGCCGCCGCCGCCACCCAUUCAUCGAAGCAGGGCGAGCACAUGGACAAGGACACCAGCGGAGAGCAGGACUCGGUGCAGUCCAUCUACUGGACUGGCAAGAUGGCCGGCUGGAUCGAAGUCACUCACAGCAGCCUGCUCUCUGGCCUCACUGCCCAGCUUGGCUUCUACCCCGCCGAUGCCAUCCCUACUUUUCACUCCCACGUCUUUGUUGAGCAGCCGUCCUCUCUCGACGACCCUGCCUCGCUCCGCCUGGGCGCCGCCUCGACGCCUGCCGGUCUCGCAUUGGCACUCGUCACUCUCUACACGGGUGCUUCGCUCACAGUCGGCCUCCUCACUUCGAGUCUGUCGGACCGCAGCCCGCUGGCGAGCGAGCAGGUGCUGCAGGCCAAGCCGGACAUGAUCUACGCCUCACCCACGGGAGCUUCUGCCCUGGCCGCGGUCCUGUCGAAGGCGACAAGACGCAGCUCCCUGUCCCGUGCUGCCAUUCACGCCAAGCUGGCCGCCCUCCGUCACGGUGCUCUCUCCAACGAUGGCCUCGGAGACCGCCUCGUGUUUGCAAAAUCGAGGGAGCAGGCUGGAUGCAGCCAGCUCAAGUCGCUCAUCAUCGUCGGCGAAGGGCCCGUGGUGCCGCAGGCACUCCUCGACAAUCUGCGUCUCCAGCUCGGUUGCCCCGUCAUGCAGUCUUACCUGCCCCUUGGCCACCUACUCGUACACGGAUCCCACAUCACCGCCGGUGUCAGGCCACAAGAUCCUUUGAACAGAGUCGCUGCCCUCACUGCUCCCAUCGCGACGACCCAUGCCCUCGAUCUGCAGGCCUUUGCCAGCGAUGAUCGUCACCGUCCCUUGCCUGCUCACUCCGGUCCACCCAGCGUCGCCCUCGAGGUCAAGCUCGUCGAGACGGCAAAGGCAAAGAGCUUGCGAGUCGUCUCCGACGUCGGUUCUUCCAACGCCGCUGGAACACAUGCUGGCCAAGCCCAAGACCCAGUGGGAGAGAUCUUCGUCCGUGGCCCCUGUCUGACAGGGCACACAGAUGCCUCCUCCUGGUGCGCCACUGGCGACGUUGGAACAUUUCGGUCCAACGGUACCCUUGUCGUCCUGCGCAACAUCGCCGCCUCUGAGAUGGUGGAUGUACCCGCGUUCUCUGCCAAACAAUCGCCAGCCAAGAGGGCCGCGCGAACAACUCCUCAUGCCCUCACGACCCUCAUGACGGCCCUCUGUCUCUUCUUGUCCUGUGUUGGAACCGUUGCUGCCCUCGCUCCUUCCAGUCGAUCGCUUCACGCAAAGAGGGACGGGGCAAGCCCGAAUGAUACUCUUGUUGACACUGCCAUCAUGGGCAUGCUCUCGAGCCAGCGAGCCUCAUGGGAGCAUGGUGUCGCCCAAACUGCGCUGUUGGAGAUGCGAGCGGGCCAGUGGAGCGUCUUUGCAGGAGGCGACAACGGCGCACCGUACCGGCCUGGCCAGCUCCGACCUCAAGCUGCGGGCCUCUCGCCUUUGAUCGUCAGCAUGAGCUACAACUCCGUCCGCGCCCAAGACCGUCUCGGCAAGCUCUGUGCGCGCGUCACAGGCGACGAGAAUGCCACCGAAGGCUCAGCGCUGGACCCCGCGUCGUGCGGUGAUGGUGUCCUCAUGGCUGCCUUUGCCAGCGGCGAGAUCAGCGAGACGACGGCCGCCGCGCAGGGUUUCUGGAUCAGCGCAGCAAGCAACAUGCUCGAUUAUCUGCUCUACAACGCUCCCAAAGCUCCGAAUGGCGCCAUCUCACAUCGAUCAACGGGAGUCGUCUACUGGAGUGGUGAGUUUUGGUGAGCGCAGAGAUGCCUUCCUCUGCCCUGCUCCGGAGCAAGACAAUCUCCGGCCUUGGCAAACACAGUCUCAUCAGAGGAUCAAAUGGCACUAUAAAGAAGAAAAGUCUUUGCGAGAAUGAGAAUCGUUUCGACUUUGUGGAUCGUGAUGCGCGGGUGAUCACAAGUGGUGCUGUGGUGAUGCUGACUAUCACAAUCUCCUCU